CAAUCCCCAUCUCAGGCUAGACGUCCCCGAGAAUAUCAGCUGGUUAUCCUUUGUCCCUGUUCUUCCUUGGCUCAGACGCAAAUCUAAAAAUGUCCUGGACGCAGCCUGUUCUCCUCACCUGUCUGGUUGUAUUGUUCGCCCUUACCUUUUUCCAAGGGACUGACAGCACAGCUGUGUCAGAUAAGAAGGAUUCAAAGGCAGCCAACCCUCAAGGUCCACUGUGGAAGAUCUUCAUGCCUGAAGCAGAUGCCUCUAAUUUCUUCAAACGCCGAAGUAGAAGGGCUGCGAAAAGUCAGGAUGAGAUAAAUGCUGAACAGAGGCAGAGACUGGCUGCAGACAAGAGGAAGAGAGAAUAUCACGAGGAACAGAGUAAUGAGUUUGAGAGUUAUGCUGAAGAGGAGCAUGAUGAGCAAGAUGAGCGUACCAGAGAGAAGACAGAGCAGUGGAGACAGUUCCACUACGAUGGACUUGACCCAUCUUAUGAAUAAAACAGACACACGAUCUAAGACAGCAGUUACCUACAAGGAAAGGGGUAGAGGAUACAUUAGAACGUCCUGACCAGCAACAUCUGAACAGAUGCUGCAGUGCUCCCUCAUGCAGGCCAAGGCAAAAUUAUAAAAAAAUUUCUCUGGGUUUCUGGCACGUUUGCAGUAAACAUGCACAGGCAAGAGUGGAUAUCAAUGUAGACCUGUUUGGGUAAAACUGUAUUCAUGCAUGUGGCAUAUAUGUAAUCCAUGUAUCAUAGUUCUUUAAAAAGAUGUACAUUUAUUCCAAUAUUUUUUAUAUAAGCUAGUAUAAUCCUAGUAGUUUUACUAAUAUUUAGUGAGUUUUUUGUUUUUUGUCUAUAAAGACAAAAGGCUUUUGCACAACUCCUAUAUAUUUUAUGCUGUUGAAGAGAAGCACAAACUGAUCACAAUAUAUUGAAAUUUGAAAAUCUGUGCAAGCAGAUGCUGAAAAUGAAAAUAAGCUUCAAUAUUACCUGUUUUUCUUACUCG